AUGUCAUCGAGAAAGAAGGUCCUUCUCAAGGUCAUUAUCCUUGGCGACAGCGGUGUCGGCAAGACGAGUUUGAUGAACCAAUAUGUCAACAAGAAGUUUAGUGCAAGCUACAAGGCCACUAUCGGCGCCGAUUUUCUGACGCGCGAGGUUCUCGUCGACGACCGCCAGGUGACGAUGCAGGCUGACGGUGGACGCCAGCUGUGGGAUACGGCGGGACAGGAGCGUUUCCAGUCGCUGGGCGUGGCCUUUUACCGCGGUGCCGACUGCUGCGUGCUUGUUUACGAUGUCAACAACUCGAAGAGCUUCGAUGCUCUGGACAGCUGGAGAGACGAAUUCCUGAUCCAGGCUUCGCCGCGAGACCCCGAUAACUUUCCAUUUGUCGUUCUCGGGAACAAGAUUGAUGUCGAGGAGAGCAAGAGAGUGAUCUCGACCAAGCGCGCGAUGACCUUUUGCCAGUCCAAGGGUGGAAUCCCAUACUUCGAGACCAGCGCAAAGGAGGCCAUCAACGUCGAGCAGGCGUUUGAAGUCAUCGCGCGGAACGCCCUCGCGCAGGAGGAGUCUGAAGAGUUCAGCGGGGACUACCAGGAUGUCAUCAACAUCCCUAUCGAGAACCCUCGGGACGGAUGCUCUUGCUAA